UCUUAUGGUUCUGUAUUUUCCUACGUUACGUUUUUCGAGGUGCUGCCAUGUCACAUUUUUCCAAAACCACCUGAGCAGCGUAAAACAAACGCUCCUUAUACCCAAACCCAUUCAUCACAUUCCACGUAAGCGGAUGAGUUGCUGUGGGCUUCAGUUUAUAACCUCAAACAAACCCUUGCGCUGGGUAUAUUCAUUGUGUAUAUAACAUCCUCCUAUCCUGCAUUGCUCGGUCAGCGAGAAAAUGGUGAUUUUCAGUGUGGUUAAGAAGGAGACUUCUCCAUUCGAUGGCCAAAAGCCGGGGACGUCUGGCCUCAGGAAGAAGGUUAAAGUCUUCAAGCAAGAGAAUUAUUUGCAGAACUUCGUUCAAGCAACUUUCAAUGCACUGUCAGUGGAGAAAAUAAAAGGAUCUACAAUAGUUGUGUCUGGGGAUGGACGUUAUUAUUCAGAAGAGGCUAUUCAGAUAAUAGUAAAGAUGGCAGCUGCAAAUGGAGUCAGGCGCAUUUGGAUAGGCCAAAAUGGACUGCUUUCAACACCUGCAGUGUCAGCAGUUAUACGUGACAGAGUGGGGGCAGAUGGAGAGAAAGCAUCUGGAGCUUUUAUAUUGACAGCCAGCCAUAAUCCAGGAGGUCCGCAUGAGGACUUUGGUAUAAAGUACAACAUGGAAAAUGGUGGACCAGCUCCUGAAGGGAUUACUAACAAGAUAUAUGAGAAUACAACGACAAUAAAGGAGUAUUUCAUUGCAGAAGAUCUCCCAGAUGUAGACAUAUCUACUAUAGGCAUAACACAUUUUGGUGGCCCUGCGGGACCUUUUGAUGUGGAUGUCUUUGAUUCUGCUGAAGAUUAUGUCAAAUUGAUGAAGACUAUCUUCGAUUUUGAAGCCAUUAAAAAGUUGCUUACAUGUCCCAAAUUCACAUUCUGCUAUGAUGCACUUCAUGGUGUGGCUGGAGCAUAUGCUAAUAGAAUUUUUGUUGAGGAGCUGUCUGCAGAUGAGAGCUCAUUAAUAAAUUGUAUUCCAAAGGAGGAUUUUGGAGGAGGUCAUCCAGAUCCAAAUUUAACAUAUGCCAAGGAACUGGUAGCACGAAUGGGAUUGGGUAAAGAGGCUCCGACAUCAGAACCACCAGAGUUUGGUGCUGCUGCUGAUGGUGAUGCAGAUCGCAAUAUGAUUCUUGGAAAGAGGUUUUUUGUGACACCAUCAGACUCUGUUGCAAUCAUUGCAGCAAAUGCAGUUGAAGCCAUUCCAUACUUCAGCUCUGGUUUGAAAGGUGUUGCAAGGAGCAUGCCAACAUCAGCUGCACUUGAUGUGGUUGCCAAAAAUUUAGAUCUCAAGUUUUUUGAGGUACCCACUGGUUGGAAGUUCUUUGGAAAUUUAAUGGAUGCUGGAAUGUGUUCUGUUUGUGGUGAAGAAAGCUUUGGCACUGGUUCUGACCAUAUCAGAGAGAAGGAUGGAAUCUGGGCAGUUUUAGCGUGGCUUUCAAUUCUUGCUUUAAAAAACAAGGACAAUCUUGCUGGUGGGGAGCUUGUCUCUGUGGAGGAUAUAGUCCAUAGCCAUUGGGCUUCUUAUGGUCGUCACUAUUACACACGUUAUGACUAUGAAAAUGUUGAUGCAGGUGCUGCAAAGGAGCUCAUGGCUCAUUUGGUUAAGUUGCAGUCUUCUCUCCCCGAAGUUAACAAAAUAAUUAAGGGAGUGAGACCUGAUGUUUCUAAUGUUGUACAUGGUGAUGAGUUUGAAUACAAAGAUCCAGUAGAUGGUUCCGUUUCAAAGCACCAGGGUAUACGCUAUCUCUUUGAAGAUGGUUCUCGACUGAUAUUCCGACUUUCUGGCACUGGGUCUGAAGGUGCAACUAUUCGGCUAUACAUCGAGCAAUAUGAAGCCAAUCCAAGCAAGACAGGAAGAAAUUCACAAGAGGCUCUUGCCCCAUUGGUGGAAGUAGCCCUGCAUCUUUCAAAGAUGGAGGAGUUUACAGGCCGCUCAAGUCCUACAGUAAUCACAUGAACUUUAGGAAAUUUGAUAGGUGAUUUUUGCGUUCAGGUUUAUCUGGUGAAAUAAACACCUGGAUAAAAUUUUCCAAUAAAUCUUUAUGAACAUCUGACAGUGCAGAGCAAAAGCCUAGAUAUUGAUAUUGGGUAUUUGUGCAAUAUAGGCUAUAUUCCUUUCUGCCAACUUUCAAGUAAAUCCAAUGUGAUGUUUUUUGAAAAAAUUAAGUAAUAAAGUUGUAGUUACCUAAUA